AAAUAAAUGAAUUGAACCCCACCCUUUCUCCCUGGGCUAAUGACCACUUGACACCUUCAUUUAUCAUCUGUCAGGUUCAUGAAAAGACACCCAAUGGCUCAUCAGCCAACCCUUUUUGCUUUGUGGUCAGUUGUGUAGGGUUUGUUGGCUUCACCUUUGUCUACCUUCUGCAUUGUCCUCUUCCUAUAAAUAUGCCAUGGGGUGGACAGCACUUUGCACAGGCUGCAAGAUUCGCCCUUGACUCCAGAUCAGCCACAGCAAGACAGUUGGAGAGAAGGACACAGGAGAAGCAGAAGAUGGGGCAAGUGGUCUACCUUGGACUCUGCCUGUUGGGCUGCCUUAUCCUGAACCCUUUGGCAGAAGGUGCCGCCAAUCGCACCCAGAGCCCUCGCGCUCACUGCCCUGCAGGAGCCCUCUUCUACAGAAAGUACUGCUACGAAUAUUUUAGCUCCAGCCGCUCAUGGGAUGAUGCUGAGGUCAGUUGCCAGAGGAAACAUGGGUCCCAGCUGGCCUCCAUUCUUUCUGCAAGGGAAGCAAAUGUGGUUUACAGUUACCUGCGACAAUAUGGCUCCAGCAACGUCUGGGUCGGCCUGGUAGCUGACCGUGGUACCUUGAAUAUGAUCUGGAAAUGGAGCGAUGGAUCUGUCUUCUCUCAACCCCUCUGGGAUGGCCGGAGCAUCAGCAACUCAAUCUCUUCAGACGAAUGUGUCUCCGUUUCUUAUUCAGGUUCCCAGAAAUGGAUCCAGCGUUCCUGUACGACUACCUUGCCAUACCUUUGCAAAUACAAGGCCACCGAUUAUGCCUGAAACCCUGGGCCUGAGAGGCACACCCACAGACCUCCAGCUUCCCAACAGGUCCAAGGCCAGCCCCCUUUCCCACCUGCUCUGUCCACCUGCAGGAAAUCUAUUCCCUCCCCUCCUCUAUUGGCCUGGAGCAGAAAAAACAAGAGGGGCUUCCCCAAAUAAAUCCAGUUUGGACUCUUGAUUCCACUAAGACCUAGCCUAAUCCAAAGCUUGAGGCUGUGAGCAACAGUACAUCUCUCCAGAGUAGGAAGUUUGCCCCAUGAGAUAUGAAACCUGUCUCACUUUUCUGCAAAGAGAUGAGAUGCUUUUGUGGACUGGUUAGCUGAGUAAACAAAGCUUUCCUUGUGCUUUGCAAAGUGAUGGGGCCAACUUUGGAACCCUCUUUUCCCAGACCACAUCAUUGAAAUGCAAACCUUUGCAAGCUGUCUGCCCCCCCCUCUCUGGCCAGCUCCCGUCUUCCUCCGUAGUGACAAUAAACCUCUUUCUGUGCAAGCAA